AUGUGUUUGAACACCGGCCACCCCUGCAACUGUUUGACUGAUGGCAAUCCCUGUGAACCAUGCAGGAUGACGGCCAAAGACCGGGAGACGGAGGAGGCCCACCUGUCCAACAACAUCAACGUAGAGAGUCAAGCGGGGAGCACAUGCGAACCCGAUCUGAACAUCCCUUCCAGUGUUGUCGGGAGGGAGAAGGGCCAAAACUGGGGAUGGAUGUUGUCUGGGAUCAUCUGCCUCAAUGUUUUGAUCCUGGGUUGCGCCUUGGCCAGUGGCAGUGCUCACAACGAUGUGAACAUCAAAACGACAGACCUGCAGAUGUACCUGAUCGUCCUUCUUCUCCUCACCUCCCUUUGGAUGAUUUAUUACACCAUCUUCACGUCCAGGAAAGAAAACGCUGUCGUUUACCAGGAUGCCCAUGCUGGACCGGUGUGGCUCAGGGGGGGACUUGUGCUGUUUGGUCUGCUCAGUAUUAUCAUGGAUAUUUUUAAGAUAGCCAGCUAUGUGGGCUACCUCCACUGUGACUCAGCUGUUAAGGUUGCAUUCCCUGUGGUGCAACUGGUUUUCAUACUUGUGCAGACGUACUUCUUGUGGAUCCACGCAAAGGACUGUGUGCAGCUCCAGAGUAAUAUAACACGCUGUGGGCUGAUGCUCACCCUCUCCACAAAUCUGGUCGUGUGGAUGACAGCGGUCACCGAGGAGUCACUUCACCAAACAACGGUUCCUGAUUAUCCAGAGAACAUCACAAAGCUCUCUAAGCGAAGCGAGUACAUUGUUAAAGCAAGUUACGGAGACAGUGAGUGCAAGUGCAGCCACACGUCAUGUAGCAUCUUCAAGGAGGCCUAUUACUACCUGUACCCCUUCAAUAUCGAGUACAGUCUCUUUGCCUCGGCCAUGGCCUACGUGAUGUGGAAAAAUGUAAGUCGAGUAGCUGACGAACACGGACACCACAAAAUCAAAUUCAGCCUGAAGGAUAUAUUCCUCGGCCCCGUGACAGGAGUUCUCUUAGUUGUGGCAGGUCUGGCAACCUUCAUCACAUAUGAGAUGGAAAUGCAAAAGGAAAGCAGUGAUGACGAUGAUAAUGAGAAGGCCGUGAUGAUGCACUUCGUCAUGAAUAUCGUCAUCGUGAGCUUGAUGUCCAUUUCGACUGUGAUUGGCUGCGCGAUCCACAAGGUCGACCACAGGGAGCAUGUUUCUGAGAAAAACCCCACGCGCAGCUUAGAUGUGGGGCUGCUGGUGGGAGCCUCACUGGGACAGUUCAUCAUCAGCUAUUACACCAUCGUAGCCAUGGUCGCAACUGAGGCCAAAGGCUACUUGAACAGGCUCAACCUGGCUUGGGCUAUCCUGAUGGUGAUCCAGCUCGGCCUGCAGAACUUUUUCAUAAUCGAGGGGCUGCAUCGGGAGCCCUUCCACGAAGUGCAAACAGUCACUGUGGUUUUAAAUCCAUAUGUGCUACAGCCAGGCAAAGAGCUGAGCAGCCUUGAAGAAUCAGACAUGGAAAAAAAGCCAAACCCUGCAUCCACAGAGCACGGCCUGCACGGCCUGCACGGCCACGCGGCUGAGCACAGACCCAAACUGUCAUGGAAGAGACGGGUGCUGAAGGAGGUCUGUGUGUUUCUGCUGCUGGGAAACGUCAUACUGUGGAUCAUGCCGGCGUUCGGUGCUCGUCCCCAGUUCGACCACGACACCGAAACUGAAUUCUACAACUUCAACAUGUGGGCUGCUGUGGUCAAUGUUGGACUUCCUUUUGGGAUCUUUUACCGCAUGCAUUCAGUCGCCAGUCUGUUUGAGGUUUUUAUGACCUCGUAACACUGCAGGAGGAGCAAAGAUGUCGGGCCAACUGUUUUGAAAUUUUAAAACUGUUUUGUACAAAUUGUAGAUGUACUUUGUUCUGAUGAUGCUCUGUUAUUUCUCUAUAAUGACGUAAUGAGUUCUCUCUGUCUGUUAAGUACUCACUCACUUUGAUGUUGCUCAUUAAGUUAUAGCCUGUAUAUUUGACAAUGAAAAUGUAUUCGGAAUACUAUUAUCACAAAAAUAUUGAAGUUAACCUUGUGCAAUUUAAUGCUUCAUGCUGUAUGUUCACAAAAUAAAGGCAAGCAAUAAAAUAAGCUGAAGGAAAGGGAAUGAUUUAUUGCCAUAUAU